AUGGCCGGUCAAUCACUCCAGUCUCAACUUGAGCAGCUCUUGCAAUCAAUACGCGGAGUUCAGCUGGAAGAUGAUGCUUGGAGCUCUAUUCCAAAUGGCGAGAAGCAAUCUUCGCUCCAUCCUCUGACAGUCUUCUCUGUUCUUGGUGCACAUUUGCGAAGAAACGGACAAGUCAAGGAGAGCGAUGCCCUACUACAGACCGUGAGCAUUGCCACUGCACCCACCAACCUUGGGGGUAUGGCAUUAUCAUGGACCGAUGAGAUUUCGGCAGAUGACGUUAACGAGCUUCUUCUUCUUACUUCUGCAUGGCUAGAAUCAUUAAAUUCAGCCGAGCGCUACGACGGGGCAAUGACUGCACCCCUGAGUUUGCGUCCUGCCAGCAGACCACCUAUGAACGUGACGGAAAAGAUCUUUGCAAUGCACGAUCUAUCCCGUACCGGUCACGUCAAGACGGGAGAUACCAUCCGUGUGUCUGUAGACUGGGUCAUGGCUAGCGAAGCCAGCUGGCAUGGCAUGCUUCAGGUUUACAACAAGCUGGGCGACCCUGGAGUGUUUCGCAACGACCGGUUCUGGCUGGCCGGGGACCACGUGGUCGACCCGCGGCUGUCAGACACGCCCCUGGUGCAGAGCCUGGUGCGUGAGAUGGACUUUGCGCGGAAAAAGUUCAAGAUGACGCAGUUCCAGGGCAGCAACUACACCAUCAUGCACACAGAGUUCUACCGAGAGCGGGCGCAGCCUGGCCAGAUCAUCAUCGGGUCCGACUCGCACACAUGCAGCUCCGGCGCCAACGGUUGCCUCUCCAUCGGCCUGGGAGCCACAGAGGUCACCAUGGCACUGGUCACGGGCCAGAUCUGGUUCAAGGUGCCCGAGGUCGUCGAGAUCCGCCUGACUGGUAAGCCCGCCCGCGGCGUCGGCGGCAAGGACGUCAUCCUGUACAUCCUGCAGCAGCUCAAGCGCAACACGGUGGCCGCCGACCGCGUGGUUGAGUACACCGGCCCGGGUUGCAGGUGGCUCAGCUCCGAUGCCCGCUUCGCCGUGGCAAACAUGACGACAGAGUUUGGUGGCAUCACGGGUAUUUUCGUGCCUGAUGUUGUGACCAAGCGUUUCAUCGACAGCCGCAAGACGCCGCACCACAAAAAGGCCUCGCACUACUUCCGCGCCGACGAGGGCUGCUCCUACGCUGAGUCGUACGAGAUCGACCUCUCCAAGGCCCAACCGUCGGUGGCGCGUUACCCAAGCCCAGACGACGUAGUUCCUGUGGGCGAAGUGGCGGGCACCGCCCUGGAUGGCGUGUUCAUUGGCGCCUGCACCACCGCCGAGGAGGACCUGGUGGUUGGCGCAUUGGUGCUCAAGGCCGGUCUGGACAAGGGACUAAAGCCUGUCGGGAAAGGUGAGCGCCGUGUCGUUCCUGGCAGUCGGCCUAUCGCUGAGCACCUGCGCAAGACUGGACUUGCCGAGAUUUACGAGCAGGCCGGCUUCACCAUUGGCAUUCCAGGCUGCUCGUACUGUGUUGGAAUGGGUGCCGAUAUGGCUGCUCCCGGCUCGGUUUGGCUGAGCAGUCAAAACCGUAACUUUGAGAAUCGCAUGGGCAAAGGCGCUCUUGGCUCUUUGGCCUCGGCUGCUACAGUGGCAGCAUCUUCGUUUGACAUGAAGGUCACAUCGCCCCAGGAGCUUAUUGAUCUCAUCCCAGAGGAGCACUGGGACAAGGUCAAGGGCAAAGGUUCCUUACCUACCGGUGUCCUGGAGGAGCCAUCCUGGGUUGAGCCUGCUGGAAGAGACGGUCUAGGAUCGGCUGACGAGCCCACAGAAGAGACCGCCCCUGCAGCAUCCAGCAAAGGCAGCAAUUCUGAUGCAGCAUCGACUGAGAAGAGCGCGGCGCAGGGGAUCAUCAAGAGCAAAGUGUACCGCUUGGGAGACUUUGUCGAUACAGAUGCGCUUGCUCCUGCCCAGUUCCUACUCACAUCCAAGGACAACCAAGAGCUUGGAACCCACUGUAUGGAGAGGAACGAACCAGGUUUCCGUGAUGCAGUUAAAGAUGGCCACGAGGUCAUUGUUGGCGGCAAGGCAUUCGGUUGCGGGUCCAGUCGCCAGGAAGCCGUACAGGCUUUGUUAGGCGUCGGAGCAAAAUGCAUCAUCGCCAAGAGCUUCGCCUUCAUCUUUGCCCGCAACAUGCCGUCUCUGGGCCUGCUGGGAUUCACCAUCACCGACGAGCGCUUCUACGAGCUCGCCAACACGGGAGCCCCGAUCGAGAUUGAUCUAGACCAGAACAUGCUUCGCAUCGGCGGCGAGACCUUCCCCUUUGCGCUGUCAGCCCUAGAAAAGAAGCUCACGGAGAUUGGAGGCAUGACUAAUGCAUUUUCAAGAUUUGGCAAGCGUAUUUAUGAUGUACUGGCUGGUGGUGCUACCGCAAAGGCGGUUCCGAGGCCCCUGGCGGCGGAGGGAGUCAUGUCUUGGUGA